AGGAAAAAAUAAUCCAAUCAAAGGGAUUGUUGAUAGAGUAGCUUCCUCUGAAUUUCUCCCAUGAUGCAUGUUUCUCCUGCUAGCAAUUUGUAAAAAAAUGCUUCAGAUAGAGCAGCCCCGAAUACUAGGCAGCAUGACCACCAAAAUGCGAGUGCGACGCAAAUGGCCUUUUCUGGCCUCUUUUGCAGCCGCCCGAUUCUCAGCACUACACUUCGAAGCUGCAGUUGCCGGGCAUCAUGCUCAUGCUGUCAGAAAGGUCACCAGCACGACAACAUCUUCACGGUAUCAUCAGCAUCAUGCUAGUAGAGGACAAGCCACCAGCAAGACGACGUUUUUAUCCGAUACCGACUGCGACCGCUACCGAGCGAGUGUCUGCGGUGCAAGGUUCUUCCGCUCUCGGGAUAUAGCGCACGCCUGUGUCCUAGGAGAGCCAUUGAAAGGGAGUGCCCCACCUCCACCGGAGCUUCCUCCUCUCGCAGUGGUCCACACAUCCGGCGACAAGACGAUGAGGAAUAGUACUUCUAGUCAGCAGGAGGGCAAGCAGGAAAUGGACAUGCAGGAGAAAAUGUGUGUGAUAUGGCAGGUUGAGUGCUGUAGGUCUUGGUUUUCGACUUCUAAAGAAUUACUUAGGUAGCUCACUUUUGGAGGACUUUCUCUCCAUGCCGAUGCAAAUGAUCUCCGAAGCCGCAAGGAUACCCUAUAUCUAUGUCUCCCUUAUGCAAAACCAAAAAAUUGAUUCUUGUCACCACGAUCCCUUCCCCCCACCUUGCUCUCCUUCAUAUCCAAGAUCGCCGUUGCAUUUUGCUGACCGUAGUGCGGAGCUAGAGCAGGCUGGAUGGCGACCUGACCUGCCGUUGUUGACGGAAUUGGAUCUCAAUGACGGCGUCUGUGACUUCGCUCUUGGCACUCGCGCGCCACCUUUGAAGGCCCUCGAUCUUUCACCACUAGUGAGCCGUGAACUUGCAAGACAAGAAAAAAAGGAGAAGGAGGUGAACUUGAACAACGUGAACAAGAGGCAAAGGAUUCAUCUUCAAGAAGGAGAUAGUAGUACUGAGCCGAAGUCCCCUACUAGUAGCACACAGAAGAUGAAGUCUCUAGCUAGUGCGCCUAGUGCGCCUACGCUGCGAUACCUAGUGGAACUGGAUGCAAAGAUACAGGAUGCAAAAAUAUUAUGGCUUUCGCAGGCUCAGCGUUGUAAGCAGCAAAAAAACGCAGCUGGCCACUGUUCUACUUUCUCGCAGGCCUCUGCACGCAGCUUCCCCGGCCUCUGCUCCCAAAGGCGCCCGGCGUCCCUCAGCUUUUACCAGUGUUGAGUUAGCAAAUGCCGGCGCGGCCACGCCCUGCAGCGCGCCGCCCCCCGGCCUGGGACGACAAGCCGCAGGCCCCGGUCGUCGCCAAAAUGUGGCCGCCGCCUCUUCGGGUGCUUCCCCCCGUUUCCACCGCAUGAAGCACGGGGAGGGCGCAACACCAUCCCGGGCCCUUUGGUCGGGGGGGGGGUCGGUCUAUCUUCUAUGUUUUGCCGCACGGGGCCCCCGCACAAGUGGAAGAGACCGCGGCCAGGCGCUGGCAGAAGGCAGUGUUGGGGCGUGGGGGUGGCGGCCCGUGUACGGCGGGCAGCUCCUCGCCCUCAUUCCUUUGGCGUGAUAGCAUCAGCGUGCACCCACGGCGUUUUCACGCAGGGGGGCGGCCAGUCUCCUUCUGGUGAGGUUUGGCGAAGCAAGUAGCUGGCCUGCGGCUGGCUUGGUGGCUCUAUUGGAGCAGGCGGAUCGCAGGCGCAAGGCUGCGCAAAAGCCGCGUGAGGUGUCGUGUUCAACUAGCUCCGCGCCUUGUUUCUUCCUCUGGGUGCCGGCGCCGCCCGUGGCUCGUUUCUUCCUCGUAUUUUCCUUCCCACUUUGAUGGCACGCGUGAUGCUCAGCAUCCAUUCGUCUGGCUCAGGGGGGUGCUGGCGUUGUUCGUUGGGGAACGUUUGCGCGCCAAGGCUCUCCCAGCUCUAGCCGCGGCGUGUUGCGUGCUCUACUCCUCUGACUUCCUCGGGUGGCAAUAGGAGAGGGCAGAGGGAGCAGGGGGGGCCGCGCGUGCGAGUGUGCCCCGCCUCGACACUGACCAGGCAGCGAAGCGGCUGAAGGGUGCAAGGCGCUGCCGAUGGCCCUCCCUCUGAACAGCGACGAAAGCUCCCCGCUUGCAGCAGGCGGCGCUCUUGUAGCGGAUAAAUAGCCGCAUGUGAAACCCAAGGGCCACGGCGUAGAGGAUUGGCGCCGUGGCGUGUGUCGUACUUACAUGCUGCGGAUGGCUGCGAGCGCGGGAGAUAUGUGGCGAGCGUGGCUUUGGGCUCCCUCUGUCUUCUUGUGUUGCCGCUCUCGUGUAGGGUGUGGGUCACUGCUGUGGAGGGCCAGGCAGUGCGCCGACCUUUUCGGGCCUCGGUUCGUUUUUGAUGUCGAAUGUAGUGGAGAGCCAUCGGCGUUGCUGCUGAGUGUCAGGCAGUAUGGUGAAGCUUUGGCAGUGCAGGCAUGUGACCCCCUACGGGUGGGCGGGGUGUGGCCUUUGGCCUUGUUUGGUUUGCUUUGCUUGGUGUCAUUGUUUCAGGGUCUUGCUGCUUGCUUUCUUGAUUGCAGUGGUGACCUGGCCACGUUUGUUCAUGCUGAUGGCUGAGGAUAGCCGACCGCUAGGGAUGGAGAGAGGUGGCCUCUCUAUGUAGCUGCGCCAGAGACUAGUAAGUAGCUAGCGCAGCUGUCACGCUUUGAAGCAAAUGAGUGUCGGCAUAAGCCUUUCUUUCUAAACUACGCAGUAGCACGAGCACCAGAUGGCGCGGCAGCUUUCGACCUCGGUACUUUUAUUACCCUUCUGGACGAUGGCGAGAGACAAGGUGGCUCAUCAGUUGCACAAACUACAAACUCAACAAGCAAGAAGACGUCCAAUGUUGUACCGGCUGGAACUGCGCUCGCGCGAUUGAUGUCACGUUACACGUCAAUCAUGGACAGUGGCGGACGAAUCGACCAGCCAGGACUGGUAGAAGUGGACAGAAGUGCUAGUACUAGCACUAGCAUCAUCUGCACGAAGAGCGAUGUUAUGGAUGGUUUCAACUAUUCCACAUCCGCUUAGGUAGAUCCGCAAUUUUUAGUAGCCCCUUUUGACGCCUUCUGGUCCGAGUCGCAUCAUUUCCUUACCUUUUCAACUUUAGGAGACCCGAACAAGAACACCCUAACAGACCACGCUAGCCCUUCCUUCCCUCGUCUAACAGCAGCAUGGAUAAGAUGAUGAAUGUUUGCUCACAACUGAUUGCGCCGCACACUGCGGACAACUUCGUGUGGGUAGCGCAGGAGGCAGACUUCGGUCCCAAUCUGAAACAGCUACACCUCUUCUGGGAUAACCAGACUAAUAAUAUGGCAAGACACGACGACAACUGCGUACUCGUUUCAAUGGUGGUACAUCUCAAACUACUUGUACUUUCACUGAAUCGUAGUUGAUGUCCUCUUCUGAUUGAAGCUACGGGUCAUGGAUUCUUGCUCGUUAUUAACGGUAGUUAUUCGAGUACUAAUCCUGAUCACAACAUCCAAGCAUGAAACAGUUCAAAUUAUUCCUCUCAGAGGUGAUCCCACUACACUUCACGUUCACACAUGAUCACCCCUCACCUCUUCCUCAGUCUCACACUGACACGUCAGUCUCACUCUCCACCUCCACUCUAAUCCUUUCCACCACCGACUCACUCGUUGGUACAGUUGGUCAAACUUUCAGAAGCCAGUAGAAGAAGGUGCUCUCGGUGCACACGAUGACGUGUACGAUAAGAUGGCGGGAGCGCGCGUCUCCCUGCCAAUUGGGCUCAACCGCAUGAUGCAUAAGGCUGCAUUGGAGCAGGCGAGACAAGAGAUUUGGGGUGUUUCAGAUGGAACGACAGGCGAUGCAAAGAAACCACUGGUAUUGGCUCAAGGCCGUCAAGAACAUGUUACCUCCAACAACAUGAAGAACGUUCAAACCUCCAGAACAGCGUCAAAGUCAGCAACAGUAUCCUCAAGGCCACUGUCUUCGUUGAAAAAUGGACGAAUGCUGAUCAAUGUAAGACAGCUGGCGCAGAAGGGUCGCAAAGAACUCCUAGAUACUGCGAAAAAGUGGGACUUCGCAGAUAUUAUCAUGAGUGAAAAUGUUAAGGCUACGUAGUAAACUUCUAACAAGUUCUUCUUCUUGUCGUGUGAUAUCUUCGAUGGAUGCUGAGCCCUGUGAAAAUGUUGUAUUGGUUUCGCGAAGUAAAUCCCGUUUCAGGUUCCUCUAGUUCUAACCCUACCCUAAGCGGCUCCUUCGAGAAGGACACGUGGCUAGUGCAGCCGUCGCAGACUUCGUUUUUGGAGACCUCUGCAUCCGGGCUUCUGCGUCGAGAACGUUUUGGUGAUCAUUCGGAGUACAGCGGACUACUGUUAAGAACAGUAGGCAAGAAUGUGUAGUUAGCUAUACUACACAUGAUGGGCACUUAGAUGUAGAGUAGUCUGUGUAAGUUUUUGCCAUGUUCCUUCCGCUCCACAGCUUAUUUUCAUGUGUUAAAAGCUUUCACUAUCACUAUGAUACCGAGCUGAUUCAAACAUCACGACUACUAGUAGGAAGACACUGAUCUACCACUCUUCAUUUUCCACAUCUUGUCCACUUUCUAGAAUCUCCCAGUAAGUCAUUCUUGCGUGUGUUUAUCUUUUCAUCAGGAAAUGAGUUCAAUUAAACUGGAAUAAAAUCAAAAAAUUUGGGAUUUUCAUGAAAAUUGAGAUUUGAUGGUUCAAAUUUCAGGUUGUAAUUUUCGAACAAAUCCUCGUUUUCGCUCUGAGCGAGUCUCCUCGUGGUAAUAGCCGCGUACUACUUGUAAUGGCCGCGUAAAAAUCAAGAAGCGUGUACGUGUUGUCCGACACCAAUCUUGUCCUCUUCUAACAAAUGGUGGAAGGGGCUCCACCUCAACCUCGGGCGACCCGACCACCAGUGCUGAUUUUUACCGGCUGUUGUCCCGCUACAGUUUCAUCGCUUGCCCGCGAGGUGCGCAACCGGAUACCCAUCGCCUCUAUGAGGCUUUGUAUAUCUAUGGCAUUGGAUGAGAAGUACUUAGGUAAAAAAUAAUGACACCAACAUCCGUCCUUAGAUAAGUAUAUUCUUGUACUCAGAUAAAGGACACCAUCGUCCUCUUUAUUGCAGAUACUGAUACAGACACUAUCGUUCCCGUUUGGACCCACGCGAGUACACAUCAAAGAAGAGGUGAUCCAUCAAAGAAGAGGUGACCCUUUCUAUCUCUCUCGCUGUCUCUUCCCCAUUCUCUCUUCCCCAUUCUCUCUUCCCCAUUCUCUCUUCCCCAUUCUCUCUUCCUGAUUCUCUCUUCCCCACUCUGUCUCCUCCCCCUCGCUCUCCUCCCCAACCCCACUCUCAUGCUAAGGGAGUCACUCCAGUCAUGCUCAAGGACCCAGCACAUGCAGAACUAAUGGAUACUUGGGACCAAUUUCCUGUCGUCUGGCUCGAUAGCUGGGAUCAGCUAAACGAUCCGGUCCAAGCGAAAAAAUUGUUGAAGUUAAGGUGGUUGAAAUUUUUGCCUGAGCCUGACUUUUCUUUUAGUAUGAUGAAAAUACAGUCGUUUUUUGUAAGCAUGAAAAUCUGUCGUUUUUCAUAUACAUCAUGCUCUUUCGUCGGUUUUUGUUUUUUCUAGUUAAUAGAUAUGCUCCACCAACAUUAUUGAUGCUGAAGAUGUGCAGCUGAUGUUGUAAGUAGAUGAAGUUCUACUUCUGAAGUUGUUACUGAAGUGCUGACGUAAGUAGAAGUUAAUCUUCGUUGUAUCAUUGAUAACUUUGUGCUUGUUUCCUGAGGGUACUAAAGUACUAGAAGUCUAUUAAAGUAGAAUUCUAUUAAAGUAGAAGUUACUAAAGUACUAGAAGUCUAUUAAAGUAGAAGUCUAUAUUAAUUACGAUUAAGUACUACCUCAUCUAAACCUGGAGUCACCGUUUCCGAAGGACGUGAGCUACGAUCGAGCAACGUUGGACUACUGGGUGAAGCGAAUUUUGGGCGAAAAGACCAGCCACGAUCCAUGGUUGAAGGAGGACUCUUCGGAGGUGAAGAAGAAGGAGCAGGCCGGCGCGUAGGACGAGGAGGAGGAGGUGAAGAGAGAGGUUUUGGAGGUAGAGAAUGCCUGUUGCCUUCAAGGAAAAGAAAAGGAAAAGAAAAUAUAUACUUAAUGGGUGCAUGGAACAAUACGAGAAAUACAAAUAGUUUACAAUGUUGCUGCAAAAGAAGAAAAACUGUGACUUUCUUAUGUAUGUCCUCGUGAUGUUGAAGACAAGAUGAUAGCCUACAAGAAUAUCUAAUGACUCAACGAUUCAUCUUCAUCGUAUGUGAGUUUGCUUAGCAUAUAAUCCUUCACUAAAAAUAGACGAAAAGAGGUAACAUCAAGUUUCAAUAAUCUGCCUCAUGAUCAUAGCUGUGAAGCAUACUGAGAUUGACAUUCACUCAGUGUCAUUUAAAUGCACCAUGUUGAGCUUCCAAGAAGACCUUGCUUUUACGCACUAGCGACUUGCUUCGUCAACAAGAAAGAUUAACAAGAUUCAGAUGCAUCAUCAUGCGGAUUGAAAACUCGAAAGAGCUUAUGGAUUGGAAACUAGCCGUAGCG